AUGGCGUCCGCGCCGGCCAGCGCAACGGCGUCAUACAAGAAGAAGGAUGGAACGCUGUCCAUGUCUCAAGACGGGCAGUCCGUCUCAUGGGCGCCAAAAAUAAGCGGCGGGCCAGUGGGUGCUUUUACCCUUCAUGUUGCGAAUCUUAGCCAUCUCCAACAAACCCCCAUCACAAGCCCGAAAAUCAUGCUUAAAAUCUUUGCGUAUCAACCCGGAAAAGCUGCCUCUGGGGAGGUGGAACAAUAUCUUUUUGCUUUUACAUCUCCCACCAACGCGCGUGCCGAGGCGGAUACGAUUAGAGAUAUACUAAAUGCUGGCAUUCAAACAGCAAAAACCGCCCAGGCAGCUGCGUCCGGUGGGCAGUCGGCGGCUAUGGCCAUAGCGAGCGCGGUGACUUCUACCGGCAGCGGAAAACCUAUUUGGUACGAUGACAAUAAACUCAAGUCAGAUGCCGAGCUACAACAGUCUUUGCUGAAGUCGGACCAGAAUCUGCGACAGGUCUUCAUGGAGUUGCUGCGGAACAAACCAGAAUCAGUAUCGAGCGCGCAGUUCAUGUCUCAGUUCUGGUCUUCGCGAGUACAUCUGCUUCGUGCACACGCGAUUGAAAAAUCCCAAGCUCGCGGGCCGUACAAUGUGCUUUCUUCGUUGAAACCACGAGUGGAGAACAGUGUUACCAAGCUAAACAUUAGCAAAGAGCAAAUCCAGCUGAUUUUUACCCAGCACCCAUUGGUCAAGAAGGUAUAUGAUGAAAAUGUACCCAGACUGACGGAGCAAGAAUUCUGGUCCCGCUUUUUCCAAAGCCGGCUAUUUAAAAAGUUGAGAGGCGAGCGAAUUACAGAAUCAGAUGCCACCGAUUCACUACUUGAUAAGUAUCUGAGGGCCGACGAACAUGCUGGCCACAAUUCAACGACAAAUGUACCACAUAUCAUUGACCUUGAAGCAAACGAAGAGGAUGUCAGAAGGCAUGGGAACCGUCCGAAUUUUGAUAUGAGGCCAUCAUCUUUGGAUAAAGUGCCCGUCAUUCGAACUUUGAAUCAAUUGAGCGAGAAGAUCAUGGCCAACGUCGCGCCAAUCGAUCGUGAUCCGUCGGCGCCGGUUGGGAUGGACGAAGAGACAUUCAACCAGCUACAACUUCGAGAUCUUCGUGAAAAUGAAGAACAAGAUAGGAUCAUGCUGAACAUCAAAGAUCAGAGUAGGUUUUUUGCUGCAACAAAGGAAGAGGAAAGUAAUGAAGCGCGUAUCUUCGCGAGUCAAGAUCCGGCAGUCAUUUUAAAGUCUUUAAAUGUUGACUUGGCCAGGACAUAUCCCGAUAGAGGAGCUGGUGUACCGUUGGAUCAGCUCGUUGAACCCGAAGAAGAUGACAGUGAUGAGGAUGAUACCCAUCCGAAGAAACAAGUAGUUGGCUCCAAGGCCGGUUUGGCCAGGGCUUCGGCUCAGAUCUUCGAGGCUAUUCGAGACCGAAGAGCACAGGCUGAUUCUGCAUCGAAUUCAAAAACAUGCGGUUUGCCACAAGCAAUCUUCGACCGUCUAAGCCUCACGCACGCGACCACCACUGAGUUUUUACAUCAGUUCUGGCAAGCUUUCUUGUCUGGAAACCCUGAUCGUGUUGCGGAGAUCACGUCGUUGGUUGAAUCCCUCAAUCGAGCGAUGGAUCGAAUCAAAGCCGUCUCCGACGAGGCGGAAGCUGAACGCCAGGCUGAAAUUGAGCGCCGCAAACAGCAGGCUCGAGAGAUUAUGGCCGCCACGGGUAGAAAUAUUCGACCGAAUUUGAAAGGGGUAGAGGGCGGGCAGAAGGUGGUGAAUCAGUUAAUGGGGCCCACGGUGAAUGCACUGGGAAAGGCCAUUUCAGAGUAUAGAACCGCUGUUGCGCAGCAGAGCAAAGAGGCGGCACUUGUAUAA